GAGUUUUUUUUUUGUCUCAAACGUAUCACAUCACCUCCAAACCUUUUAACUGUUAGAAAAUAAUCAUGGUAAAGGACCUCUUCCCUAGCGUGCCGCGGCUCUCUCAAACGGACAAGGAAAAAGUGGGAGUUUAUUUUUACUUUUUUUAAUAGUCUUGGUCAGACACUGUACGAAUACAAUUUGUAUGACUAUUACUACUAGAUAUGUUUUGCUUUUUACUUUUUGUGGCAAGAAGUCUCGCCCCCAUGCCACGUCAUCAUCUUGAAUGUUGUUUCCUGAACGUUGGUUCGAUUAUCCGAAGAGGGGGAACGAAACAUCACGCAUACUUUCGAUUUAAAUUGUAUUGACGGUAUUUUCUUCCGUUGUGUCACGGUAUACAUUAUCCUUGCGCAAGGGGAUUUUGAACAUGUAGUUGCUUCCUGUUUUCUCCGAUGUCUUUUUAUUAAUUUAUGUUUGAAGAUUGUUAGCGUAUUUAGUUCACUAUAUUUUAAAGCUGCGCUGUGAUUCCGGGGGGAACGCCACCUGACAUCACGAAAGAAAGAAACCAUAAUAGAGGCAUUCAGACCAAAAGAACGGAGGUGGUGGGGCAGCACAGAAGGGGGUUGUAUACGCUGUGCUCUGUCCGGAGUUCACGGCUGCUCCCCACCCUCCUGGACUCACGUGUGCUUUUGUGUGCUUUGCUCCCCGCUCUCACCGUGGAGUGUGAACUCUUAUUCUCUUGAGUUGCAAAGCCUUCCAACUCACUUAUGUGUCCUUUCGCAGAGGGAAAAGUGCAUAGGACACAGUGAAGGCACACUAAGGAUAAAAAGUGAAAGUCUUCCUUUUUUUCUCCCAUUAAUCCCUAAACUUGUUUUGAGAUGGAUGACACUGAGCAAAAUGACCAUCCCGACAACAGGCCUUAUCUUGCUGUGGCCCUGGAUGAGGCCCAGCUGGAGGUCAUUGGGCAGCGAGUCGACACGUCCGUGCCCUUCUUGGAGAGGGUCAAGAUGCAAUGCCGGUAUUCGGUCUCCAGGUUAAAAAGCACUUUGCUGGGCUUGUUUCCCAUCCUGUCAUGGCUGCCUCACUACUCCAUCAGAGGAAGUGCAGUAGGAGACUUGGUGUCUGGGCUUAGUGUGGGCGUCAUGCAUCUGCCACAGGGUAUGGCCAACGCCAUGUUGGUUGGCGUGCCCCCAGUUUUUGGCCUCUACACAUCUCUCUACCCGCUGAUCAUCUACUUCAUAUUUGGAACUUCAAGACAUCUCUCCUUGGGAACCUUUGCUGUCCUGGCCAUCAUGAUUGGGUCUGUCCCUGCCAUUGUGGAGUUGCCUAACGAUGGUGCUGAUAUGGUGGCAGCUAAAGUAAACAUAGCCGUCCAACUUACCUUGCUCUGUGGUCUCAUACAGCUCCUGCUUUAUUUGCUGCGCUGCGGGGCCGUGUGCCGCUGGUUGUCCGAUCCUCUCAUCAGAGGCUACACAACAGGUGCCGCCCUGCAUGUGAUUGCCCUGCAGCUGCCCCUCAUGACGGGAAUAUUUGCACAGAGACACACCGGACUGAUGGCCUCCGCUUGGAUUUUACACGAUGUCCUGUGUGGAAUGAGCAGUUUAAUACCAGGAACUCUGUCCGUCACUGUGGUUUCUACGGUGCUACUCAUUGGGGGCAAAAUGUUGAAUAAACAUUUUAAAAGCAAGCUGCCGGCGGCCAUACCCUGGGAAGUUGUCCUGAUUGUCCUGGGUACUGUGGUUUCGGUGCAGAUGAAUCUGGCUGGACAACACAGAGUCCAGGUGGUUGGAGAUAUUCCCUCUGGCCUGUCACCCCCCAUCGUCCCCUCUCUCUCCAUGGCCAGGGAACUGUUCGUUCCGGCUCUGUCGGUCGCUCUGGUGGGCUUCAGCUUCCUCUCGGCCAUGGGCUCGGUAUUUGCCCACAAACAUGGUUACCACUUUGACUCCAGUCAGGACCUGCUGGCUCUGGGUUUGUGUAACUCUAUCGGAGCCAUGUUCCAGUGUUUUGCUGUCAGUUGCUCCUUCUCACGCAGUAUGGUUCAAGAAAGCAUUGGUGUCAAAUCACAGAUGUCAGGCCUGGUAUCAGCCCUGAUGAUUUUAACCGUUUUGCUGAAAAUUGGUCAUCUCUUCGAGCAGCUGCCAAAGGCAAUUUUAGCAGUGAUCAUUGUGGUGAACCUGCAGGGGUUGCUGGCUCAGUUUCAAGAUGUGGUUUUGUUGUGGAAGUCUGAUCGAUUUGACCUGCUUGUGUGGGUGGCAUCACUGAUUUCAACUCUAGUCCUAAAUUUGGAUCUGGGUCUGGCAGUGGCCAUCGCCUUUUCUCUCCUUGUGCUCAUCUACAGAACACAACGCUCCUCCACUGCAGUCUUGGGUCAAAUUCCUGGUACAGAUUGUUACAUAGAUGUGCAGCUCUACAAUGAGGCAAAGAUGGUUCCAGGCGUUACGAUAAUCCUUUGUCCCAGUCCAAUUUAUUUCGCUAACUCUGAAAUGAUCUUCACUGAAAUCACACAGAUUGUAAGUCGUGCUGAGAACGAGAACCCACCAGGGGAUCACACCGCCGCCCAGUUGCCAACACACGGCCACUCCUUGAUUCUGGAUCUCAGCUCAGUCAGCUUCAUGGACAGCGUCGCCAUGACGGCGCUUUGCAAGCUUGUGGAGAACUUGGAAGCCCGAAGCCUCCGUGUUUUUCUGGCCUCGUGCCCGGAGAGCCUUUUAGCUCAGCUCCGGUAUCAGGGCUGCAUACCCAACAGCCUGCCCGGCUCCUCCAUCUUUCCAUCAGUCCAUCACGCCGUCCGUCGUUGUGUCAGCUCCCUGCCUGUGCUUCUUGAGGAAUUGACCGCUGAUGCAACAUAAACUUGAAUGUACAACUUGGACGGAUUCCUCCUCCUUCCUUCCCGGAACUUUGAAAGUGUGAUGUUUCCUGAUGAUUACUCCUGAACAAACGAAAUGUCAGAAUGUUUUGGAGUUGUCCAGUUUGCGGUGUAAAUAAAUUUGUGAAAGGAAAUCUGCUGCAGCCA